AUGCCUGAUGAACACCCCUCCAAAUGUCCAAAACUUCAAUUUGAAGAGAUAGAUCGUGAUUCAGGAACACGUAAACAAAUAUGUGAAUUUCCUAUCAACAAACAAGAUGAAAUCCGACGAGUUUAUCUCAUAGAAGGUUCAUACCAACCUAAAGAUAUAGAUUAUCCAUACAAUGAUGAUACUCAUCGUAGUCAAUUUCAACAUUCAUGGUUUGUUUCACAUAAGGAUUGGUUGGAAUACUCACCUUCAAUGGAUGCGAUAUAUUGUCUACCUUGCUACCUUUUUAGUAAGAAACCAAUAGGUCGUCUCGGAUCAGAUGCAUUCAUUUCAACAGGUUUUAAUAAUUGGAAAAAGGUGAAAGAUGGAAUGAAUUGUUCUUUAAUUCGUCAUGUAGGGAAAGAACCAAACUCCCCACAUAAAAUUGCUGUGAAAUGUUGCGAGGAUUUAAAGAAUUAUUCACGACAUAUUGACAAGCUAAUUGAGAAACAAACGUCAAAAGAAUUAGAGAAUAAUCGGUUGCGGCUCAAAACCUCAAUAGAGUGUGCUCGAUGGCUAGCAUUCCAAGCUUGUGCUUUUAGAGGUCAUGAUGAAAGCCUUGAUUCAAAAAAUAGAGGUAAUUUUAUUGAAUUGAUAAAAUUCACAUCAACUUUUAAUGACAAAGUAGCUAGUGUUGUCUUGGAAAAUGCUCCAGGAAAUGCCAAAUAUACAUCACCCACAAUUCAAAAUGAGAUUUUGCAUAUUCUUACUAGUGAUGUGCGAAAUGCUAUUCGUGAAGAAAUUGGGGAUGCAAAAUUUUGCAUUCUUGUUGAUGAAACCCGGGAUGAGUCGAAGAGAGAGCAAAUGGCCAUCAUUUUGAGGUUUGUUGAUAAAGAAUGUUUCAUUAAAGAGCGUUUCUUUCAUGUUGUGCAUGUUAGAGACACUACUGCAUUGACUUUAAAGAAUGAGAUAUGUGUUGUCCUUUCUCGUUACAACCUCCACAUUGAAAAUAUUCGAGGUCAAGGAUAUGAUGGGGCUAGUAACAUGCGUGGUGAAUGGAAUGGAUAA